UGCAUGGUCUAACUUUAGGCAGCAGUUUGCUGAUGAUAUGUAUGCAGAAUACCUUGUCGCACACGGACAGCUAGAGCUGGAGUAGAUAGCUAGUGGGUAUGGUGCUUUUGUUGUGCUAGCCAUAUGGUAGUUUGCCGUGAGUACAUAGCAUAGUGCUAGCUAGCUGUAUGGUGCUUUUGUUAGUAUAUGUAUCAUGUUCAAAUUAAAUAUAUAUGCUUUAUCUUGCUCUGAAUUUUGUAGAAGAAUGGCUGAACCAAAAUCAAAGAAAGGUACUAGUAGGAAUUACCUUGCAUGGACUCCUGAGAUGGACACCGCACUAUUGGCUGUGCUUGUUGAGCAUCACAACCUAGGUGACCAUGCUCAAAACGGUUGGAAGCCGCAUGUGUACAAUGGUUGCAUUAAGCAUGUCAAGGAUCAAUGUGGAGUUGACAUCACGAAGGACAACAUUGUUGGAAGGAUUAAAACAUUUGACAAGCAUUAUGAAAUCAUUAGCAAGAUGCUUGCUCAAAGUGGCUUUGGAUGGGAUUGGGAUAAAAACAUGGUGUCAGUUGAUAGUGAUGAAGUGUGGACUCGAUAUGUGGAGGCUAACAAGGAGGCAAAAGCAUACAAGAACAAGGUAGUGAGAAAUUGGGAUGAUAUUCAGACCAUCUAUUCAAAAGACCAUGCAAAUGGUGUUGGUGCAAGGACUGCUGGUGAGUGUCUUCAAGAAAAUGACACACAAGUUGCUGAAGAUUCUCCUGAGGUUCCUCCAAAACGGCAACGCCUUGGAGAUGCUAUCUUGUGCAUGAUGGGAGAUAUGACUAAGUCUUUUGAUGAGGCUUUGAAGACUACCGAGCCACUUCCUAUGCCAAAGGUGACUCCUCCAACUGAAGUUCUUGCUGAAGUCAAGAAAGUAGAUGGUUUGGGUGAUUCCGAAAUCAUAACAGCGUAUGCGAAGUUGACUGCCAAUGAACGCUCCUUUGAAUGUUUCAUGGCGCUCCCCGAGGACAUGAAGAAGGCAUAUCUGUUGGCCUUACCAUGAUGAUUCCUAUGAUGUGUGGUUGUUGAGAUGAACUAUGUUUUAUGUCAUGUACUUUGGUUAUGAACUGUCCUCUUGUGUUAUUUGUGAGAGACAUAAUCUAUCGUAUGUAAGACAUAAUCUAUCCGUUGUGCUAUUUGUGUGAGACAAUCUUAUUAUCCA